AAAAUCUUUGUAUUUAAAGUAACUAGCAACAAAAGCUCUAGUGGUAGUGGAUUUAGAAUUAAAUAUUUCUUGCUAGUAGUAACCUAGCUAAGCUAAAAUCAAGCAAUCUGACUGGUUCAUAGCCACGAUAGAACAACCGCUAUGAUUCGAAAGUUUCCCUCCUCAUCUGAGAAAAAAAAAACGUUAGACUAACAAACUUAUAACGGGUGCCACGGAGUUUGCCAGGAUGGUUGUGCUUUCCAAAGAAUAUGGAUAUGUGGUGUUAACUGGCGUUGCCAGUAUUGUGAUGAUGGGACAUCUGGCCGUUAAAGUUGGCAAAGCCCGCAAGAAGUACAAUGUACAGUAUCCCCAGAUGUACAGUGACGACCCAGAGACUGGAAACAUUUUCAAUUGCAUCCAACGUGCACACCAACACACCCUGGAGAUCUAUCCCGCCUUUCUUUUCUGCCUGGCAAUUGGUGGUGCACAUGCUCCUCGUCUUGCCAGUGGACUUGGAGCUGUAUGGAUUGUAAGCAGAGAGGUGUUUGCACAUGGGUACUCCACAGGAGAUCCUAAAAAACGAAAGUGGGGAGCGUUUGGGAACGUGGCUUUACUCGGGUUGAUGCUGUCCACCGUCUGGUGCGGCCACGCCCUGCUUGGUUGGAGGAGACCCCGGAACCCCUUCUCUGUUGGAAACUGUUGCUAGUAAGGACGAAGUCCCCAGAAUGGACUCACUCAGUCAUUCACCUCGUAAUAAAAGCCACUCUUCAUAACUCUUAUUAGACAUUGUAACAUGUGUAACCUCUGACCCAUAUAACUGUUCUCUAGAAAGAGAAAUUCAUCAUUAAUGAAUAUGGAUGGGAUGUAUUCACUGGUCGGCAAUCCCACAACAUGCAAGAUCUGUCAGUUUGUCCAGAUAGCACUUUCAACACACCAAUGACACAGCAUAAUGCUUUAGAACUCACCCACAUGCUAUAGCUGUAAGCUCUUGUACAAUAUGCAACAGUAUGUGGUUCUGUUUUAUUAUCAAACAGAAAAAUUUACAUUUCAAUCGCAUACUAUCAUACGUGUACAUUCAUUUAUAGUGUAGUUGUUUUCAGGUGCUAUGUAAAUAAACCUUACUUACAUCACUGGUGGCACAGCAAAGUAACUCACAACACACUAGGUACAAACUGAUACAACAGCUAAGGUCCAGCACAUUUGCAUGAUACUCAGGCUAAUACCAGUAACAACAAGCUCACCUUGGAAAAUCUGUUGUCUCUUCUCAGUCUCCCCUUUUAAGCAUUUGAACAACCACCACAAAUACAUUCUUUAUAAAUAUGUAUUUUACAACAAAUUUUACAAUACUAGUGUGUUGUACCUUUACAAUUUUCUCAUAUUAAAGGGUUUAGUGUAGUAUUCUCUCUAAACUGAGUAAACAUUUGUCAUUGUAAACACCAUGACCUUAUCCUAGUUUUAUUAUAAGCAUCAGACCAGAAUGAUAAAAAUUUUUCAUAACUUGUAACUGCACAUUAAAAGGCUGCAACAAUA